AUGGGCAACACACAUUCGAUCGUGUCACCACACUACGAAGAGGACCAUGUCGAAAGCAACAACAGGAGAUCGCCUCACAAGUUGUCGAAACCGAGAGUUGGUAACCAUGGCCGUUCUGGAUCCUCCAGUCUUCCACCCUCCCGAUCCAACUCGCAGGCCUUCCGAGCGCACUCGCCAGCGCCAUCACCGGUGCAGGCGUUGAGCGAGUCGCAAGCCAGUGCACCUGCCGCAGCUGAAGAGCCUUCUCCUGCCGCCAAGCCUGAGCCAAGACCAACGAAGAACUGGAAGAGGAGGGCCAGUCUGUUUCGAUCCAAGAGUUCUCAGGAACCAAGAACCGAAAGGCGCAGACACUCUGUAACAACGAGUCCUCCGCUCCCGGACAGGAUGUCGAGGGCCAACUCCAUGACUUGGGAAACCCAGCAAGAUAUGAAUACUUCGAGGCAAUUGCAAGUAGAAAGUUGGCACAUACCUGGAAACAGGCAAUCCAUCAACUAUAACCUGAUGUCGUACGAGUCGAGAAGGCUUCUUAAUCUGACCGAGGAUCUUACAGCCUGCGAGGAAGGCUCCAUCAUGUCCGAAAGCAAGUUCGAGGUAUCGCCCAGUACGUGGAAGAGCUCUCAUCCAACCCAGCCAGCCAUCCCCAAGCUUCCGCGAGCCGAUUCCGAGGUAUCGCUCUACGCGCCAGUGCGGCGGCGUUCAAUAAUACAGACGCCAGGCCUUGCAACACGCUUACCGACGGACUAUUCUGCGUCGAGGAGGUCGAGCUUGCGCCACAGUGUUGCGACCACGCCAGCGUGUGGGCAUUCGCGACUCAACUCGAUCGAAUCGAGUACCUAUCCCACACUACAACGCUUAACCGACUCUUUGACCGACUUUUUCUCCGAACCCGAUUACAUGCCUGCCCCAUCAACAGAGCCGAUUGAAAGGGCAUUGACUCCUUCGGACAUGGACUAUCGGCCGCUCGGUACAAUGAAGUUCGGGUCGCUGCGUAUCACGAACGGAGCUGCCAGUCCCCUACCAAGUCCGGAUUUGGAGCCCGAAGCCAAGGCUGAGGUGACGGAGAAGUUGAACGACGGAAAGGAAGAGCACUUCAUUCGGGAUGUUGAGCUGGGCGGGUCGCGUUCCGACGACAAGGAUGUCGAGAUGUCGGUGUCGGCAGUCCACGCGAGCACUGCUCUCAGUCCCAUUAAUACGUCUUUCCUUAGGAUGGGGUCACGGAGCCAACGCCCCAAUUCACCGCUGAGUCCCGAGUUACAAACCACUUCCAAGCACACUGCUCUGGAAGACGAGCUUUUCGAAGACGAUGAUGUGCAACUGGAGUACUCCGCCGAAGUUCUGACUGUCAGGAACGACCCGAAUGCGAAACCCAGUUUGGAGCGGCUGCGCUCUGAACAAUCCAAGAGGACUUCCCAGGCAAUUGUCCGCACUGAUAGCGGGGUUGUUGCCAGCCCAACCAUUGAGCAGCCGAAACUGCUCUCUAAGGCGGAUUCCGGCUAUAGCUCGAAUGUCUCGCUUAGGUCAUUCCAUGCCAAGCAGUCUGCUGCGAAGGGCGGCCAGCGUCGCUGUGCCGCAUCCGACGAUUCGGGUGACGAACAGUCGGAGGGCGCCGUAUCCCCGACUGCUGCUGUCGCCAACAAAAGCCCAACCGCUGGCCCUUCCAACGCCGACGAUGGACUUGCUACUGGCCACACGCAACCGUCAUCCUCUACUUCUCCAUCUCCGCAGCCCAAUGGCGAUUUUGUUAUUCCUCCCAAAAGCCCCACCGCCUCGUCGCCCAAGUUCUUCUUCAACCUCAAUACCGGCCAUUCUUUCCGCAAAGAUCGAAAGGGUCCUGUGACAAUUGACAGCGCCAAACCGGCCAAGGAGGGGCCUACGUCGCCUCAGUCCAUCCCCUCGGGCGACGCUAGCCCCGACAAACCGACCUCCGUUUUGAGCAUCGGAACCGGCUCGCAACGCGUAGGCAAGUUCCAAAGGUUCAUGAAUGGGUCCAGCCUGCGAGGGCCGCCUGCCGUCCACACGACGCACCCUUCUGACAAGCCGGUGCCCUCUGUGCCCCAGGACGUGCAGGUGAAACUCGGCCAACACUCUGAGCGGUUCCCAACAGCGACCACACGAUUGACUCUCCGCCCUCAGGCCAGCAAAGACACGCUCAACACCAUCAUGAGUGUCGGCAGUGUUUUCCCCGGUCACGCUGAUGCCAACCAAGGGCCUCUGCUUCCGGCUGAUGUCAGUCAGGUGACCAAGGAUCCUGUUGCUGAAACACCUAAGCCUCUCCAGAAUCCCAAGUCGCCCAUGCGCCGAUCUUUUCAGUCGGUGCCAGCCUCCAUCGCUCACGCUGCAGUCUCUGUAUUGCCUCGGCUUCCCAUCAUUCGCAAACCGCUUCCUCGCACUCCCAAGGCCGGAAAGGAGUUCACUGGAGAGGCGAAUGCAGAUGAGAUUCAGGUCGGUUUUGAGUCAGAUAACACUGCCAUGGGCAAUGUUGGCGAUAGUGACGGUAAUGGUGCUUUCUAUCAGGCCUUCCUGGCGCUGCCUAGUCAGCAACCGGCCCAUUCAUCGCGCGAACGGACCAUGACACUGACGGCGGAAAUGGAGCGCGGAAUGAGAAGGUCAUUCUAUCCCGCUGAACCGACGUCUCCAACCCCACAACAGCCCGUUUUGCGUGCCCCGCGACACUCGCAAGUUUUGGAUGUGACGGCCAAGAGGAGGUCAUCGCCGCCGAUCAGUCUCCAUACCCGGAACAGCAAGAAUACCCGAAAGCAGGCCCCGCGGCCCAAGUCUGCGCACUCCAGCCAAAUGACUCCGUUGACGAGAAGGCCGGCCUUUCCUCAAGAGGUCAGUCACGAAAUCAUUCACAGCUACCCAUCGACAUCGGCGGCAGCGCUGGACGAUGCGCUCUCUGCACCACCGAUUCCCCCGAUGAGCCCUCGAAGAGGCAUGGCGAUGCUCGAGCAACGGUACGCUAUGCGUCACAUGAGCGUCGAGAACAAGUGGCGUCCAACCAAUGGCUGGAGUGCCGAUUGUAGCCAAGGCGUUCGCCCGGUCACGCAGGAGUCGGCUACAUCAGCUGGGCACCAAUCGCAGCAGCAGCCGCCGCCGCAACAGCUGCUUCGUCAUCGGUCAAGUUAUGACAGCUACAGCCAGCACCGUGGGCCUGUGGCUCGGGGGCCCGCUGCUGCUCCUCAGGGCGACGGGUACUACCAGCAGCAACUUAUGGAGAUUCAACAACAGCAAUGGCAGCAGCAGAGACGCAACUCUUCCGACGCUGUUCAACCGGGUCUCUCUCGGGGCCACAUCCGCAGCCGGAGUAUGCAUGCCAACGGCCACCCGCCUUUUCGCGUACUGCACAGUUACAACUCGCCUGCCUACCGCAACGUCCCCAUCUGGGGUUGA